AUGCGCGCGGCGCUUCCAGUCAAGCCCGUUUGUGACGAGCCGGUUUGUUAUGAAGCUCCUCAUGCUCCCGACGAGGUUCUUUAUUCGGGUUCGGAUGAUGAAUAUUACGAGAACCCAGCCGAACGAUGCCAGCGAUACGAAGCGCAAGCACAACGAUAUCUUGACGGCAAACCUGUUCACAUAUUUUCUGCCAGUUUAAGGGGCCCGUUUACCCAAGAGUCUGGUUGGCAAAAUCCAUGGCGAUCAAGGACUGGACAAGGGAAACCGCAGCGGCGAGGACCUCACAAGGUCGUAUCUCAAUCUACAAAUGCCCGAGUGGGUUAUUGUUCUACAUUGGACGAUAGUGGCUGGUGGGACGAACCUGACCCCCUGACUCAUAAGAGGAGCGACGCCGUAUUCAGGCAACCGGAGAAAACGAAAACCCCACCAACACAGCCGGCCCCAUGUCCCUUACCGAGCACUACGAGUUCCAAGGCGACUCACACACGCAUCAACCCCUAUAUGGACGACGUUUCUUGGGUCCGGGUCCGCGCUUGGAGAGACGAAGUUCAGUCGAACGCCGCAUCAAGAGAGGAAUUCUGGGUUUCCAGCCAUGGUCAGGCUGAUGGCGAGACAUCCGCAAGGAAGAGGAAGGCUUCCAGCUCAGAAUGGCUUCGCAGAACGGUUGUGAAACGAAGAAGGCUUGAGACACCUAGCAUCCGUGCCUCUCCCACCCCCGGUCAAUACGAUGAAUCACUGCCAAGCGUACUCAACAUUACGGCGACUCCGUCAUCCUCGGUUCCCGGUGAUGAUCUCCCCGAUACCCGCCACGCCGGCAAUUCCUUGCGACACCAACGAUCUUUCUCGAUGCUCAAAUCAGCCGCAAAGCAACGUUUGGCCAAUCGGUUAGCCAUCACCGGUCGGGCUAGAGGCACUGUCGAGCUGUCUCAGGGGCGGCCACGUGAUUUCUGCAUGUCUGAGGCGCAACCGCACCAGAGACAAAAUGAGAGGCCGAUGGGUAGGGGUCUGUCGAACACAGCUGUACCUCGUCCACGUUACAGCCGUGAUAUAGAUAUGAAAAACUACGAGAAAGGCGAGGAAAGCGAUGAAAACGAGGAGAAUGACGAGCCGGAGGAUCCUAUAUCGACAACGAAGCAAGCGAUCAACAAGGGCACUGAAAGCCCCGAAAUUGCGGAGAAUGACGCUGUCGCCUUGCUUUCGGACGAGCCUGAGGCACCUAUGGAGUCCGGCCAAGUACCGGAAGCGUUACCGGAGGGAGGAGUGGAUGAAGAAGAAGCAGUUCCGGAGGACGGUACUGGUGUUAUUGCGUCAGCCAUUGAUGGGCCAACCCUAGUCCCCUCGAGCCCUUACGACGAGGUUGAAGGCCAAGCAAAGGAAGCCAGCCCCCAUUCUGAACAUCUCCAGGUAGAACGACAAGGGCGCGAACCACCUGAAUCUGGCGACAACGAGGUAGCCAGGGAUACAAGCUUCGAUGCCGGUCGCCAAGCAGAAGAACUUCGGGAACACAUUACCGAGAUUACCCAACCAGCGAUAACGUGUACGCCUCACGAUCUAGCCCAGCAGCUGGGGAGCAAUCCCAGAUGCUAUGGAGCGAAGGACAACAAUGAACCUCCCUCAUCGUCCCACGCAAGAAUCAGUGAUGGUGUCUACGUGGCAUUGGAGCAAUCACUGUCUACUCUAGAGCCACACUGUUUCGAGGCUGAAGAGAGUGAGGAAACAGUAGAGCCCAGGGCGACCGAGCCAGAAAUGGCGGACGGAACAAUCGCUAUGGAGCUUGAAGAACUGGGUCUUCUGGGGCAGGAGACGUCGAAGGUACAGUCUCUCAGAAGCCCUGAACAACAACCAUCGCCGCAGGGGAGAAAUACACCCAGACAGCAACAGAGUCCCUGGGUUGAAGAAGUGGUCGAUAUACCGUACAUGACCAGCCUGGCGGAUGACCGCUCAACGAUACCCUCCCUUAUACUGCAGACGCUCGACAAUAUUUGUACCUCGGAACGAACCGAACCACUGCCGUCCUCGCGAUGCUUCCAGCCUCUUACAUCUCCUGCAAGCAACAAUGGCCCCCUUGGGACCUCUAAUGAUAACUUACCAGAGCAGGCUUUGGGAUGCGAUGGGGAUGUUACUAUGCAUGAAUCCCAAGCCCAUGCAGACCGGCCGUCAACCCCUGAGACCAAGCCCUCAAGCCUACCAACCCCAGACUUCACCCUCUCCAUCAAGUCGUUGAGGGAAUUUAUGACCCCGUCCCCCGAGCCCCCCCGGCAACCUAAACGCGUGUUACUGCAAAACGGCCAACUCCCGAGUACCCAAAUCCUCUUCGACGCGGCAUUAUCCAACCCCUGGAGGAGCUCAAAAAAGAAGCCUGUCCGACACGUCUCCUUUGCGCCGUUGCCCGGCGAGGCCGGCGAGUCGCACCGCCCGCGGGCGCUGUCCCCACCCCUCAACAUGUCGCAGUCGGAUCUCCCGGCGGAGAACACGCGCUUCGGCAAGCACUUUGCCACUGUGACGCGCAAAGGGCCCCAGAUGCGGCGGCAGAGGCAGCAGGCCCAGCGCCUCCUCCCCAGCGCGUCGCAGCAGAUGUGCGCCAGCCCCGCGUUCGACGCCAUGGCGGAGGCGUUCAUCGAGGCGGACCAGCGCGCCGCUACGAGGCAACAGCACGAGGGUGGUGCAGGGCUCGAGCAACAGGGCACGUCCUCCGUUAUGGAGGAAGGAGAGAUUGUGAUGAAGGAAGAGAAUCACGGUCCCGACGGCGUAGACGACGUCCAAGCCGUCCUCGAGAACCUGGACGAGUUCCUGGAUAGCUUCGACGUGGAGGUCGAGCUGGACAGGGCGAGGGUGGACGACCAGCAGCAAGGGGCCAAUGAGAGUCCGAUGUGCGUCGCCGGCCUCGGGGUCAACAUGACCUCCAUCAUGGGGGUCAAUGUUUGGGAAUAG